CUGGAGGAUGGGGUUCUUCAUUCUUGUGGUUGCAUUCUACUGCUUGCCCUCUUCUCCGGUGAACUCAGAGGUCGUAAGAUCGCAAGGGAGAGGUACUCUCGAUCUCCUAAUACUCUAGCUAGUCCAAAGGAAAAUCUUCGAGCUUUGUGUGCCUGCUUCAGCCCUCUGGAGGAUGGGGUUCUUGAUUCUUGAAGGGGCUUGUGUUCUGUAGCAUGAUUGCUAAGUUGAGGUCAUGGAAGGUGAGUUUUUGUGAGAUCAAUAUGGUUCAAUUGCAAAAGCCAUGGGUUGCCACAGUACAAAGAGUGGUCUUGGUGAUCGCGAUAGCCCUUUCUGUUUUAGUAUUUCAGACUUUCAUGCUCUCCUCUAGAACUGCUCUGUCAUCUCCAUUCCGUGCCUUUAGUGACCCUGAAACUGAAGGAAGGAGUUCAUUGAGCACUGUAUCUUCUUAUCGCUCAUUAAGUGUUGGAGAGCUCUCUCUUUUAAGUGAUCCAAGGAAUUCGACUGGAACAUCUCCGGUUGAUGUACGGACUGGUGAGGACGAUAUGUUGGAUGAUGAUGAAGAUGAUAUCGACCUGGGUGAGGACGAAGAACCAGAGAGCGAGUUCUCAUUUGACCUUGGAAAUGGGGUUAUACUGAAAAAGGUUAGGGACCCAAAUGGUGGUUUCAUCAAACUUGAAAAGGUAGUUGAUCCAAAUUAUUUUCCUUCUACGGAGAAGGUUGGGGAACCAGCUCCUGGUUAUUCAUUUUCUUCAGAUGGCAAACAUAAUGCACCUUUAGUCUCUGAUCAAAUAAAAAAUUUCCAUAAUGAAUCGGUUUCAUCUGUAGCUGUAUCAUCACCAUUAGAUUCUCAUGCAACUGACCCUCUGGUGGAUUUGAGCACAAAUACAAGUGAUCCUAUCAGCACAGUGACAACUAGUACUCCAUCAUCAGUAGAACAAGCAACUAAGAUUGUUUCUUCAUCUAUAAAGCAAUCGACAGAGACACUUCCAAAGGACAGUGCUCAGCUGGCUGGUAAAUCCACCUCUUACAAUAGCUUUGGGGGUAACUACACUCCAAAACGAAGAAAGAAUAAGCGGCGAGCAAUGCCACCACUUUCUAUGUCAGAGAUGAACAGCCUGCUGCUUAAGAACCAUGCUUCAUAUCGUGCAAUGAGACCUCGAUGGUCUUCGGCUCAUGACCAGAAUAUAAUAGCUGCAAGGGCACAGAUUGAGAAUGCUCCUAUUUCAAAGAAUGAUCAAGAACUCUACGAACCUGCUUUUCGAAAUCUUUCCAUGUUUAAAAGGAGCUAUGAGCUCAUGGAAAGCACGCUCAAAGUAUAUGUCUAUAAGGAAGGCGGGAGACCCAUAUUCCAUCAGCCUGUACUGAAAGGAAUUUAUGCUUCUGAAGGAUGGUUCAUGAAAUUGAUGAAGAGAAACAGACACUUAACUGUGAAGGACCCCAGAAAUGCAAACAUGUUCUACAUUCCUUUCAGUUCUCGUUUCUUGGAGUUUGCUCUGUAUGUGCCCGACUCCCACAACAAAAAGAACUUAGUCCAGUACUUGCAGGGCUAUAUGGACAUGAUUGCUGCAAAAUAUCCUUUCUGGAAUAGAACAGGUGGAGCUGACCAUUUUGCUGCUGCUUGCCAUGACUGGGCACCAUAUGAAACAAGGCAUACCAUGGACAGUUCCAUUAGAGCGCUCUGUAAUGCUGAUCUCCAUGAAGGCUUCCGAGUAGGCAAGGAUGUCUCUCUUCCAGAAACAUUAGUCCUUUCACCUAAGAACCCUCUAAGAGAGCUUGGCGGAAAUCCUGCCAGUGAGAGGUCCAUCCUUGCCUUCUUUGCAGGAAACAUGCAUGGCAAGCUCCGGCCAAUCCUACUGCAGCACUGGGAGAACAAAGACCCAGACAUGAAAAUCUUUGGUCCAAUGCCUCCAGGAGUCAACAAUAAGAAGACUUACAUCCAGUUCAUGAAGACAAGCAAAUACUGUAUCUGUCCUCGAGGUUAUGAGGUUAACAGUCCACGGAUAGUGGAGUCCAUCUUUUAUGAAUGUGUUCCGGUGAUCAUAUCAGACAAUUAUGUGCCACCUCUCUUUGAAGUGUUGAAUUGGGAAGCAUUCUCUGUUAUCGUUCCAGAAGCAGAUGUACCACGAUUAAAAGAGAUACUCAUGUCAAUCCCAUUGAACAAGUACUUGUUGUUGCAGAAGGGGGUAAGGAAGGUACAAAAGCACUUCCUUUGGCAUAAUACGCCAGUGAAGUAUGAUUUAUUCCACAUGAUUCUUCAUUCCAUCUGGUUCAACAGAGUUUUCACCAUAAGAGCCAGAUGAAGGAUGGAGAUCCUACAGAGGUAUGCAGCUAAUUAUAAUUAUAAAUACUUGGUCACAAGAAAAGAAGAAAGUAAAUGUCUGGAUGAAGCUUAUUUGUAGUGAAAUGUUUAUAAAUCCAUGAGGUCAAAUAGUGACGAUUAGAGAAAAAUCUUUUCUUUUGUAUAUGGAUUACAAGAUAUGUAACAAUAUCCUCUCAAAAAACAAGGCAUACAUUACACUCAAAGUCAUUGGUUCUGUACCUGUUCAACUGUUAUUUAUAUAGCAUAUUGAAUCUCUUGUAAGGGAUGAAUCUAAACUGAACCUGUUAGCCCCUAGCCAAGAUUGUAUUUUGGAAAAGGAACCAGCAAUGAAUGUUGUUCAAUAAUUUAGCCAGGCGUAUCGGUUUCUAAUAUUGUAUCACGCUGCACAUGGCCAGUCCAGAGAUCCAUUAGCCGAUUCCAAUUGGACUAGCUAGCAUAAACUAAUGGGAUUUACUAAUUGACUUGAGGAGCAUGGAUUAACUGCCAACUACCUGGUUGGAAAGACUGAAGGCUUAUCUGUGAAUAUUCCCGCAGACCUAAUAGUUUUGUAUGCAUCUCAUCCAUUUGAGGUCUGAUUUCUGAUCUGAUUAUAUCUUUCUUUCUUAUGUAGUCAUGUCAUGCUUAAUGACAUGGUAUUGUGUUGUGUACCAUAGCACAGUGUUGUAUUUUCACAGGAAUGCUUAUACAUGUAAGAUCUGUUACUGUGGUCAUGGUUAUGAUGUGUGGUUGAUGAUAUUUUGUUGUGUGAUA